GUUCGGCAAGUACUAGUUCGUACCUCUAAAGUUCAAUGGCUCACUCGGAGAACGAGGCUCUAAACCAAGUCCUUGCACUCGUCGAGGCUUUCAGAGCAUUCGACAGCGACGACGAUGGGCAAAUCACCAGCGCUGAGCUUGGCGGGAUCAUGAGGUCACUGGGCUACAAUGUCUCCGCACAAGAGGUCGAUGCGAUGAUGCGAGAGGCGGAUGCCAACAGGGACGGGCUGCUGAGCGUGGGCGAGUUCCUGGAGAUGAACACCAAGGAUAUGGAUCUCGGGGAGCUCGCGAGCUUCCUCGAGACCGCGACGAUCACUUCCCUGCAUGGCGUGGACAUAGACGUUGCCGUCGAUGUCGAGGACUUGAGGUUGAUAGUCCAGUCUCUCCUUCAGACGCAGGAAUGAGCUCUGGAAAAACCUGUGGAAGAAGCAAAUAGCCACGCGAGCUCAUUAGGGUAUAUCCUGGGCUUAGACGUUCAAGGGACAUGAGGGAAUAGCUCAAGGUGAAGUGUUGUAUGUGGUGAAUACUGAAUAGGUGAUGAUAAUAAUAACAUCCUUGAUGUCAAUGAUAAUGAAUAAUGGAUUUUAGGGUUA